CUCUUAGAAACAGUUUCCAUGGCAACAGUAUCCACCAACUCCAAGUCUCCCAGUAGUGCUGUGUUGUUUCCCCAGCGUGGAAGGCAUUCAGUCUCCUGGAGUUUUAAUAAAACACCAUUUCUUGAGCACUUUGGAGGAAUUUCAAGAUGAAGGAGUCACAUCCUGUAGAGAAUCUGUAUAACCUCAUCCCCAAGGAGAAGGUGGAAGUGGUCAAACCACCCAGGUACACAGAACUGAAUACAGGACUAUUAUUUGUGUAUUCCAAUUAAUGUAUUCAUAUAUGUGUGUCAUAAUCUAUUUGGGUUUUUAAAAAGUAUAAUGAGAGAGAUGGGGAAAAGAGAGAGAGAGGGGGGAUAGAGAGAUGGGAAAAAAGAGAGAGAGAGAGGGAGGGAUAGAGAGAUGGGAAAAGAGAGAGAGGGGGGGGAGAGAUAGAGAGAUGGGGAAAGAGAGAGAGAGGGGGGAUAGAGAUGGGGAAGAGAGAGAGGGAUAGAGAGAUGUAAGAGAGAGAGAGGGGGGGAUAGAGAGAUGGGGAAAAGAGAGAGAGGGGGGGGAUAGAGAGAGGGGGAAGAGAGAGAGAGAGAGGGAUAGAGAGAUGGGAAAGAGAGAGGGGGGAUAGAGAGAUGGGGAAAAAGAGAGAGAGAGAGAGGGAUAGAGGAGAUGGGAAAAGAGAGGGGGGAUAGAGAUGGGAAAAAAGAGAGAGAGGGGGGAUAGAGAGAUGGGGAAAAGAGAGAGAGAGGGAUAGAGAGAUGGGGGAGAGAGAGAGGGAUAGAGAGACGGGGAAAAGAGAGAGAGAGAGAGAGGGAUAGAGAGACUGGGAAGAGAGAGAGAGAGUGACAGAGAGAUGGGGAAAAGAGAGAGAGAGAGAGGGAUAGAGAGAUGAGGGAUAGAGAGAGAGAUGGAUAGAGAGACGGGGAAAAGAGAGAGAGGGAGAUGGGGAAAAAGCGAGAGAUAGGGGGAUAGAGAGAUGGGAAAAAGAGAGAGAGAGAGAGAUAGAUGGGGAAAAGAGAGAGAGUAACGAGUGAGAUUAGAUGAGGAGAGGGAGAAAGAGAGAGUGUGCGUGUGUGUGUUGUGAGUCUGUAGGGGGGUUGUGUGUGUGUGUGUGUGUGUAGGGGUUGCUGUUUCUUCAUUUGAAGAUAAGAGGAAACUCAAAAAUAUAUAUUUUAUAUAUAUAUAUAUCAUUUAUAAAGCGCCAACAAACUCCGCAGCGCUGUACAAUGCUGUUAGUCUAAUAAAAUAUAUAAAUUAAUUUUCUUUCUGUACUGUACUUUUUUCAACUCUGGAUGUAUUACUUACUGAUAUGAAAUAUUUUGAUUUAAGUUGUGUGUGUUUUGUUUGUUAGACACUGUUUGUUCCUUCUUCAUUUUGCUAAAAGAAAAAUAUGUAUAAAAGAAAAAGUAUAAUUGUACACUGUAAUACAAGGAGGAAAAAGGCUGCGUCGUGAUAAAUAGUACUAAAAAUACAAUAAAGGAUAAAAAAUAAUAAUAUAUAUAUGUAAAAGAAAGUCCAAUAAGAAUAUCUGAAGUUCAAUAGACUUGGUCACUGUAUUUGCUGGUAGAGUGUCUUCUAUAUUUCUAGUAGUCCAAAUCGUCUCGUGAUAUGGAAGACACAAAGGGAAAGGACCAAUCGUGCAGAGUGUAUAGGAUGAAUAAUAAAUAAGUUAAAAUAUAAAUGAAACACUCACAUUUAAAUGAGCUAUGGCCAGCUCAAGUGUAACAGGCAUCCACGGAAUGAUCCCCGCUUAUGGGAUAUGUGGGUGCUUAUCCUCCAGGCGACAGUGGUGUCCAAUUCUCAGGAAAAGGGGAGAAUAAAAACAGCAAAUAGUGCUCUCUGAUGAUGUGACGUAAUAUAGAAAAAAAUAAAAUAAAAUAUACUCAUAAAUAGAGUGCAGACGUCACUGCACUCUAAUAGUAGCGUUGGUGGUAUAAUCCCCACCUCAGGAUAAGUGGUUAAAAUGAGUAAAAUGACAGGAAAGUAAAAUAGUAUGUAAAAAGGUAAUGGCGCGGAAAUCUAGCCAAAAAUCAUUUAUUAUAUAAAUUACACAAUAUUUAAAACCAUUAACGCAUUUCACCACUAGGGUUUUAUCAAAAUGGAAACUAAGUGGCUGGUUUUGCCACAGAUAGGAAUAGCAAUGCAGUAAUAGCAAGAUACAUACAAGGACAUUCUGUAAGUGGCUAGGUUUGCCACAGUAUAAUACAUCACGGAAGAAGAAAAUAGCUAAAUAAGUUAAUACAUAUAUUUAUGCAUCCAAAAUAUUUGCUUUUUUUAAGUACAUUUCCUUUCAUUGGUCAGUGUUUAGCAACUGUACUCUGCUGUAGCUGAGUACAGUUGCUAAGCACCUUUCAGUUUACGUGUGUGGUUUCACCGUCGGGGGUUAUUGACUAAACACUGAACUGUGGUAUGGGAAUUUCAAGUCAUAGGACAAAGUAUAUGAGUUGGAAACAUUCGCUAGUUCAACCGAUUCACUUACAGGCUAAUGUAACACUGUACACCAGCCACAGAAGGGACAUCAUAAAUAUUCAAUUUCAAUAGACAAGCCAGGUCAAGGAUUUGUUUUAGAAAAUUUCCAAGUCACAACCCAAAAAGAUGCUUAAAUAAAUCCAGGAAACAAAAAAGUAUAAGACAGCUGUAACCACGUGUGCUCGAUAUGGAGACAGCGACGCUGUUACUUUUAUUGCAUUGGGUUAUCACUCUUAUAUCACUUUUUUAUCAAUAAAUGAUGCAACUGUGUGUGAUUGGUGCACUGGAGCUUGUUUCGUCAGAGUAAUGCCUACUGGACGUAAAUAGACAAUAGUGGGUGUGGGGUGUUCAUAUGAAUGAAUGAAAAUAAACCCUCUGAUUUUGUAAGUAUACUAUAAACCAAAGUGUUAGUCGCAGGAUUUAAAUUGGUACCCAUGUUAUGUAUUCCAGGUAUAUUUCAACAUUCAGCGAAUCGGUGAAAACUGAAGAGCAGAAGAAAAAAGAUGCGUGCAGGACCAUGGGACCGGCCAAAGUUAAAGUUCCCUCUCCCAAAGAAUAUUUACAAAAACAUACACAUGAAGUAACAAUGUCCCAAAGUAAGUAUUGUUAUCAAGUUAAAGUAAUACGGCUGUAUUUAUUUUCUUAAUACUUAGUAUAUAGCCUUCCAUGGUAACCGUUAUUCCUCAAACCAAUAUCCUUCUCUCUAAUUAGUGGGUCCAUUCCACAGUUCACUUUCAUCUUCCAUUUCUGCUACAUUCCCAACGUGUCAUUUGGUUACUAUCCCUCGCUCUACCCUUUCUAUUGUGUUUUUAUACCCCACUCCCUUUAGAUUGUAAGCUUAUUCGAACAGGGUUCACAUCAACUUAAUCCCCCAAAUUUGUGUUGUUAUAACACUGUAAAGCAUCUUGGGAUGUUAUUUAUCAUAUUUAGUUUCAUAUUUCCUUUAGUUUAUUUUAUUUUUUAUACAUGAAUAUUUUGGGCUUUUAAAUGUAUUGCCCAUUGUACAACACUAUACAAUAUGUAUUUAUUUAUGACUGGCAUUUAUAAAGCGCCAACAUAUUCCAUAGAGCUGUACAUUGGAGGGGGGAACAAUACAAUAUACACAGACCAAUAAAAAAGAUAAAGAGGGCCUUGCCCAUGAGCUGAUAUCUACCCAUUAAAGUGUUUUUAUACAAAUAUGCUGGUGCCAUGUAAAUAGAAAGAUUACAUUUUUGACAGUGUGGCCUUACUACACAUCGCUGUUACUACCUUUGAAAGGACACUAUAACAGGCCUCCAAACAGUCCCAAUGUCAGCAGGACAGUCUUGAUUUUGGGAUCCUGUCCCUCCGUCUUGCAUCUGGGGACACCAAGGAUUGUUCCCAGCCAACACAGUUUGAGCACAUCAUUAGAUGUACAGGUGCUAUGCAGCAGGCACUAGGAUCAUGCAGAGAGCACUUCAGAAGCACUUCCUGCAUGGUCCUGAAGGAAGGGGGCUGGCAAGACACACUGUCAGUGGGCGUGCCUGUUGGUUAUUUGCGUCACCAGCUUGGGUCACAUCAUUGGUGGCGCUCUCACAGAGCCCCACGCACCCCAUCCUGAUUCCAUACCUAUAUUUAUAUAUUUGUAGUGGUUUUGGUGCAAGCACUGUUUGACAGCAGUUUGACAUAAAAAAGCAGUAUCCUUUUAGGAAACCAAGCACAUCCCUCUGCAACUGCUGAGUCAAUGAGGAAUUUCACUAAAUCAUAUAUCGUCAUCUGUCCUAAUUUGGAGGUUAUUAAUGAGGUGUGAGAGCUAGGGCUUUACAACGGAAGAGUUAUAGUUUUUGCCAAAUUGUUCAAAAAUUGUUCGACAAAACCUGAAAGGAGUUCACUUUGAAACUCAUUGCACCAUACACUUACAAUAAACUGUAGUAGUUAUAGUGCUUCAAGUGUCUUUUUAUGGGGUAUAGGAAACGGGAAAAGUUGUUCAAAAAUAGCAUGGAUUUUUUUACUAAAAUACAAAAAGUGGAGAAUUUCUACUGCUCUGAUAUUUCUCCAUUCCUGGUAUUGUGGCUUAGAAUUCACAUUUUGUUUGUAAAUUCUCUACAACCACCAGUUUAGUAAAUAAUCCAUUGCUUUCUCUUGUAGAACACAUAGCUUGUCAGUACACUGCUUUUUAGAAUUAAACUAGUGCCACACUUAGAUUUACAAAUAUCUAAAGAGAAGAGGUACACCACCUUGGGCUCUAACCACAUACAUACACAAAUACAUUCACAUUCUCAUACACAUUGUACUAGCCCUGAGUUAUAAGCUGUAUCUCUGUCAGGCACAAUCAAUAAAUCUUCAAAAGAGAACUUGAUUGGAAAGAACUAAUAGGAAUACUGAUUACAAUGGCCUGUGCCAAUUCUUGCCAUGGCCAGUCUAAAUUGACUGCACUGAAACAUUUUGUAUAAAAUAAAGUUCAGAUUAAAGAUCUCAUAGUCAUCAAAUAUAGUAACAAAGACUACCAGACAUAUGAGAUUCUGGAGGGGCUAAUUUCAGUAGUAAUACAUACAGCAACAUUUUCACCACAAGACUAUGUGAAGCCAUGUAUAGUUGCCCGAUUUUUUUUUUUUUUAAAUUCUUUAUUUUUGUGUGCAAGAUUUCACAAAUGAGCCGUGGUGCCACAAUAGCAGUCACGUACACAAUUACAACAGAUAUUUCACAUAUGGCACAUUAAUGUCUGCACAAUUUUUAUAAUGGUAAUAGUAGAGUAUUAAGCUUAGGCAAGUGGUGCUCCCGUUAUAAUCAUCGCCAGUAUUGACAGAUUUGACAGUGGGAGCAUGAACACAGAUAUAUUUUAAGUUACAUUUGGUUUCACUGAGAUUUGCCUGGUUAAUAGUUACACGUGUACAGGUUCUAAGCAAAUGGUUGUACGGUUUCUAGCGUAUCGCUUGGGCUAAGUGGUUUAACUCUAGCUUGGUCUACCUCGGGCGCCAUCAUGGAUUGUGUGGUGUUAGUCUGCCUUCACUUUUCUGGACAGGUCUGGGGUCUUCUUGGUUAGUAUCAGAUGAGUUUGUCAGGGCUUGUGUGUACUGUAGUUGCCUCCGGUAGUGUGUGUCUGUCUUGAGUAGUGUCUUGGGUUGUGCGUAUGUGUGUCUCUGCCUAUUUUGUGCUGGUUUGUUGCUGUGUUAGUCCUGGUGUCUGUGCGUCUGUUGGUACCGUUUUGUUUAAGUAUGUGUAACACUGGAGCAGCGUCUAAGUGUCCAACAUAGAGUCCAGAAAAAGCAUCUAGCCUUUGAAUUGGGCAUAUAGUGUCUCUGGGGACCCGGUAGAAAAGACCCGGCAGGUUUCUCUCGUAGCCGUGGACACUCCUGGGGGUCUGCUUCUGCGGCUCGUGGGUUGAGUGCUUUCUUUGAAGGCCGCAUAGGGGCUGGCAUGGAACCCAGUAUGGCGCUUCCUCCUGUGCUUUCGGGUCCGCCGCGACUGGAGCAGACGGUCGAGGUUGAAGCUUCUGGGCGGCCGCAGUCUGUGAGUGCUUGUGCGAUAAGGUUGCAUGGUGUGUGUACCACUGGCGUCCGGGGAGAAUUUCCUCGAUUCCCGCUCUUUGUCUACCGACAUACAGCUGCUUGUCGGUGUUUCUCGUAGCUUAGGGUAGGUUGUUGGUUUGCGGGCUGCCAGCCAGUACUUCCACUUCAUGGUCCCUGCAGGACUCGGUGGGACAUUCUUCGUUUGCCCAUGAGGUUGCACGCUGUCCGCCAUUUUGGAGCGCUCCGUCCAGCUUGUGCUCUGCGGCCCUGUUUGCGCUUGGGCUCGGCAGACGACAUUGGUGGUCGCCCGUGGGGACCGGGAUAACCCCCACCGGUCCAAAGGGGGGGGGGAUCGCAGGACGCCGUUCGGAGACCCGGGGGGGCGGCCGCUCUCGUAGGCCCCAGGCCUUGGUCGGGUUACUCCGGUGCUGUACCAUAUUGUGUGUGGUACCGUCUUGUGUGUCCCCAUCUUGUGGACAGUUUGGGGUCCAAUUGGGGUUGGUAGUGGCUUGUGGCACUGAGUUGGCUCCGAUUCUCUGGCCCAGAUCCUGGAGCUCAGACGAGACACGUCUGAUCUGUUCAGCAGUCAGGCUCCGCCCCCCAUAGUUGCCUGAUUUACCACUUUUGUUUCAGAUAAAAAAUAUAAAUUACAAACCAAUAAUAACAUAGAUGUAAGGCACUCCCACACAUGGCAUACAAUCCCUCCCCUCUGCCUGGGAGAUAAUUGAGUCAGAUACUGUAUUAACCCAAUUAUCUCCAGGCAGAAAAACAUAUUUUACAAAAAAAAAAAAAACACAUGAUAUCCUCACAAUUAUUACAUCCCCUGAUAGCCCUGAUCUGGGUGACCAACAUAUCCAAAAAUCACACAGAUCGGUUCAGGAAUUUCCUGGAAGUCACAUUUUGAUCGUCCGCACGCAUGGUUCCAUGCCCAAAACAGUUCCAGAGAAUUAAACUGUGCGGUCGGUCUACUUCAGGGAUUCGAAGUAAAGUUCAACAUACCGAACGUAGCCAUUCGUGAGUACAGUCAGUGUAUGUCUCUUGGUAGGGAGUUUCUGCUUACCGAACGCCGUUCGACUCCUGUUCGAAUAGCCAAACAUCCAUGUAAGGUAAAAGUUUAGCAGUGUUCGCGCCGUCAAGUGUCCGAUUUGAGUUCCAUGCACUCAACGACCAAACACCACUGGAUGUGUUUGACUAAACAAGAUGGCCACCGCCACGUGUUUGAAUGCCACUUCGAAGGGCUUCGGGAGUUCGAGGUACCACUUUGAAAGUUCGAAUUGUUCCUGUUAUAAGUCCAAGAGGCACAGCCAGAGUCUUUAACCCAAAGUUAAUUUCAGGGGCCAUAGUCACAGGGCAAGAGGCUGGCAAGUAUGCCCCUCCAAGAACCCAUGAUGAGGUUCAGUUCGUCACAAUGUGCAUUAAAAGUUCUGAUGUUUGUGAUCUUAAUGUGUUUUGCAGUUAAAAUGUUUAGUAGGGCUAACACAAAUAGUGGCUGGUACUGGAGAAUAUAGUGCCUAACUCUAAUUCAGUCUAAAGUUUACCAGCUUCACUGGUAAUAAACAGUAAAAUAUUUACAUAUUUGGUUGUUAAUACUUACAGUGGUAAAAUAUCAUGUGUCUGUCUCAACUUGCAUGAUUUGAGCACAGCAUCCUGGUGCAGCUCCUUGAAGGGACACUUCGGGAACCAAUACUAUAAUGCAUUUGAUAAGUUUUGGCCUCACUAAUAUGCUGUAUCUUUUGCAUUCUCAAAUCUUUAUAGUUUUGCAGAAUGCUGCGCCAUAGGCCUGCUUCUCUAGCCAUACCCCUACAAAUGUAUGCACACAGCUCAGCCACUGACAGCACUGAAUGAUCUGAACGACAAAACAACCUGCAUCAGAACAGGGCACCCAGGGAGGCAUAUAGUAAGGAUAUAACUACCUUUAAUAGUGUUUGUAGUUUCUCUGUCUUUCCGCAGCCAGGUUGUGAAUUAAAAGCCACUCACUCAGUACUGUUUGGACUGUGACUGUGUGCAUACUUUUGAUAAGGUGGUCUUUCUGGCAUGAGGGACAUGGCUAAAGUGGCGGGAUUAUAGUGCAGAGUUUUUUUGUGCAAAAAUUAUAAAGAUUUGAGCAUGUAAAAAAAAAUACAGCAUAUUAUUGAGGCCAAAAUCUAUCAAAUACAUUAAAGUUGUAUUGGCCCCUAGUGUCCCUUUAAAUGGCUAAAAACGAGAUGUCCUGCAAGGUGUUAAUGUUUGUGAUAUAUCCCAGCUCUAUAAUUAAAGCAAACACAAAGGCAGACUAAGAGUCUGCAUUGAACACAGGAGCAGAGAUAGUUUGUUUUAUUUGUAGUAAUUUAACAAGUGUUAUGAUGAUUAAAUAAAACAUACAGUAAGUCACAUGAAACUGUUGCUGUAUGUUUUGGUAUGUUAAUAAUGGUCUUUCUGUAUAGGUGCAAUUUGUUAUGAUCCAGUAUAGCUAGUAUUUUGGUUUCUUCUUUCUUCCUUUGGAAUCUGUAAUUUUAUUUUUGUGCCAGGGUUAUAGUCUAAAUUUACACUAAAUCUGUAAGUUUUAAUUGACUUAAUUAACAAAAUAGAUAUUCAAAAUAACUAAAAAAUAUGGAGUACCGAAUGUGAAGUAAAAUCAACUCGUUUUGAGAAUGUUUUCAGAUUAGAGUAGUUUUAAUUCAUAUCUAAUACGGCGCUUAACUUUCUUGUGAAAACCAAGAAAGUGCUUUCCUCAAUUCUGCAGAUAAAAUCCCCCGAUGUCUUGAUGAAGGAAAAAAACGCCCCCCAGUCCCUCUGCACACAGAACAUCCACCCAUGGGUGUUUACUCCAACAAGAGCUUCAUCAAAACAAAUGUAGCAGAAGCCGUCAUGGCUGUGCCGAAGAAACCACAACCUAUGUUGGUAGACACUAAAAAAGGGGAUAAACUGCUCCUCGAAACUUCGGGACUUGUUCCCAAAUACAUCAAGAAAAAGGUAAUAUAUCAAGUUUGAACUGCAUGAUGGCACAUUUCCCUUUGUAUGUAGUCUGCUGUAGCAUCCUGUAAAGCCAUUCAAAAUACACAUGCCCAGUACUUAAUGUCACAUAGUCAUAGUUUUUGCAUUCUACUAAUAUUGAGACUCGAAAGAUGCUUGCAGGUUCCUUACAGAUAUCCUCAUGCAAAGCCCUUGAUAUCAGGGCAUACUGACAAAACCUAGAUCCCUGAACAUGCAGUAUCUGUAAGAUCAAAGUCCUGAUGACCUUGUAUAUUUCAUUUUCUUGAAAGGAUUAUGGAUCUACUCCUGAAUACUUAGUAAAACUGAAUGAAGAAGUAAUGAGAGCUCAGGAAGAGUAUGACUCUUACGUGAAACAGCGUCUUAAAAUGGGUGCUAUGAAAGAAAUCUCUGAUGAAGAAAGGCAGACUGUACUUCAGGUAUGCUUUUGUGCAUGUAUAGGUUAUGUGUUUUAUUUUUUUGCGACCUUGACUCAACACUGGGGAAAAAUUGAAGAUUAUAUUAGCUUUAGUGUACUAAUAAUCUUAAUUUUAGUAAUGACAGGAGGCGAAUAUUUGCAUAUCUUUCUUUACUGAAAACUCCAGCAGCAUAGAAACAGUAACAACCAAUCAGAAAAAGAUAUGAUGCCCAUAAAAGGCCCUGUCUAUGACAUCACUUCCUCUUUCUUUGAGGCGAAACAGAAUAUAACAGUAAGAACAUAAACAACUAUAGGUAACCGAUCAAUAACAUAACAGGGGACAUGACUUCGGUAACUUUCCGAUGAAUUGGUAUGGUAGAUGAGUCUUUGUCCUGACGAGAAGAUGUUCACGCUGAAAGAAAAAGAAAAAAGUGAAAGGUCUCUAUAGUGGAAACUUGUCCGCAUAUAAUAACCGAUCAGAUUCUGAUAAUCUCAAUGACUAGUAUGUAGAGAAAAUUGUUAAUACUAUAUACAAUUCGAACUAUAAUACAUGUAAUAAUGAAAACAUAACAUACAUCAAGGAAUAUGAGCAAGAAACCAAUUAACCAGUACGAAGAACAGUUACCUGUCUGAGAAAUAAAACCGUCUUAAUGUGCAUGUCUUCCUGAACCCUAAACCCGAUGUGUGUAAUGUGGAAUAACCUGGGGGGGGGUCCUAUAGGGUGGGAAAUAUUCGCCUCCUGUCAUUACUAAAAUUAAGAUUAUUAGUACACUAAAGCUAAUAUAAUCUUCAAUUUUACCACAUGACAGGAGGCUUCAUAUUUGCAUUUUUAAAGCUUGGAAUUAAUCAAUGUGAAGGAAGCAUGAGACGUGUGGCGAAAGUAAAAUGUCCGGAACGUACUUUCCCUAGACCAGUCUGCGCAGCGCAUGAUGUCUGUCAGUGAAGCGCCUGCUAAUAGAGCUUGCGAGGCUGCCGCACCUCUGACCGAGUGGGCACCGAAGUAAGGUUCAAUGCCAGCUAACGUUAACAGCCAGCGGACCCACCUCGCUAGUGUCGUCGUAGAUACUGGUCUGUGGGGUUUAACAUAUGAGAUCAGGAGUUGGCCCGUUGCAGUAGUGCGGAGGGGAGCCGAGAUUUCGGUAUAUCUCAUAAGUGUUCUGACCACGCAUAACUUGGGGUCAGAUCCGAAGUAUGGAUAUGUUAUAGAAGGUGAAUCUGACUUAGUUCUUCUUGAUAUGGAGAAGGUAACUCCUUCUGGAGUGAGGGAGAAACCGUCUACAUCGAAGGCCCUAACGUCCGCUACUCGUCGGAACGAGACGAGACAUAAUAGAAGGGUAAGUUUGGCCGAAAGUUGCUUGAGCGAUAGAUAGUGGUUGUCCGGCCAUUCUCUCAAGAAUUUGAGUACUAUAUCCCCCUGCCAGAGGCGUGAAUACUUGGGUGCCGGGGGUCUUGACAGCUUGGCACCUCGUAGCAGUCGGCACACCAGUGGGUUUUGGCCCACGGGGUUGCCUUGCACUGGGACGUGUGCCGCUGAUAUGGCUGAUCUGAUCACAUUGAGGGAUCGGUAUGAUCGGCCUAAAGCGAACAGAUGGGAAAGGUAGUUAAGGAUUAAUGGGAUAGGGGCAGUAAAGGGAUCGGAGUCCCUUUCCACGCACCAAUUACACCAGGCAGACCAGGCUGAAAUGUAGCAUUUCCUGGUGCCGGGAGCCCAUGAGUCCCAUAGGAGAUCCUUAGCUGACUGUGAUAGGCCGAUGACCGACCAGGAUCCCCUGAAAUCGUCCAGGCCACCAGUUCUAAUUGUCUGUUCAGGACGAGAUCGUGGGUUUCCCCUCGAGGUCCCGUCAGAAGUAGAGGGAAGUUCGGAAGCAGCAGUGGGGUCUCCUGAGACAUCUCUAGCAGCUCUGGGAACCAUGGUUGACUCCGCCAGAAGGGCGUCACUAGGAGGAGGGAUAUCCCGUGAAUGCGCGUGUGUCGGAGUACGCGUGGGAUCAUGGAGAAUGGUGGGAAAGCGUAUCCCCCUUCCAUGGGCCAGGUUUGUAGAAACGCAUCUGCGGCUUCGCCCUUGGGGUCUGGAAGCCAACUGUAGUAUCUCGGUAGUUGGUGAUUCGUCCUGGAGGCGAACAGGUCCAAUAUUAGUGGUUCCUUCCGUCGGUGUAGCUCCCUGAAGACUUCCACGUUGAGUUUCCAAUCGCUGUUGUCUCGCCAGUGACGUGAGAACCAGUCUGCCGUCAGAUUGGAGGUUCCCGGCAGGUAUUCCGCCUGUAGGGUGAUGUUCCGUGUCAGGCAGAAGCUGAAAAUCUCUUUCGUGGCUUCUGUUAGUGCCCUUGACCUUGCUCCGCCCAGGCGGUUGACGUAUUGUACCGCCGAAAUGUUGUCCAUGCGGAGCAGAAUGCAACAGUUCGACUUGUCUUUGGCCAGGCUGCGGAUCGCGAAGGAUCCUGCGAUCAGUUCCAGGCAGUUGAUGUGUAGGUUCGUCUCCUCCCCUUGCCAUGGGCCUCCCGUGGAGGCGUCUGUGCAGUGUGCGCCCCAUCCCCACAGACUGGCGUCUGACUCCACGAUGAAGUCCGGGGACGGGCCGAAUAUCGCCUUGCCAUUCCAGGUUUGUAUGUGUAGUAACCACCAUCGAAGUUCUGCUCUCACUUCUGUCGACAGUGGGAUCCAGUGGUCGUAUGAAUGUCCCGUGCGUAAGUAUUUCGCCUUCAGUCGUUGCAUGGCCCUGUAGUGUAGGGGUCCCGGGAAUAUCGCCUGUAUGGAGGAUGAGAGAAGCCCUACUAUCCGGGCGAGCAUUCUGAGCGGUAUCGUAUCCAUCUUUAGUACCCGUCUGAUUUCCUUCCGUAUUGAGGCUAUCUUCGUUGCCGGUAGUCGUAGCACGCAGUCCUUCGAGUCGAUGUCGAAGCCCAGGAAUUGGAUCGACUGGGAGGGAGAGAGAGACGAUUUUUGCCUGUUCACUACGAAACCCAAGGAUUCCAGUAAGUGAACUACAAAUUUCGUCUGCGAUCGUAGUCUGGAAGCGGAUUCGCAAAAAAUCAGCAAAUCGUCCAGGUAUACGAGACAACGUAUGCCCAACGUUCGAAUGUGAGCCAUCACCGGUCUCAGCAGUUUCGUGAAACACCACGGCGCCGAGCUGAGGCCGAACGGCAGGCAUGUGAACUGGCAUGUGUGUCCUCUCCAUAGGAAGCGAAGGAAGCGUCGGCAGUUGGUGUCCACCGGUACGGAUAGGUAUGCGUCUUUGAGAUCUAGACGCGUAAACCAGUCGUUCCUGGUGAGAAGGUCUUGUAACAGAUGUAUUCCCUCCAUCUUGAAGUGUCUGUACACCACGUAGGUGUUCAGGUUUCGUAGGUUGAUGACUGGUCUGUAGUCGCCGGUUUUCUUCUUGACUAGGAAAAUGUUGCUUAGGAAACUUCCUUCUCUCGGGGCGAAUUGGAUCGCGCCCUUUUUGAAGAGUGUGUGAAUCUCUUCGUCUACUAGGCGCUUUUGGUCCGCCGACAUGUGCAUCGGAGUAGGGGGAGUGGUUUGCAUGGGUUGCGUGUAAAACUCUAUCACGAAGCCUUUCACCGUCUGGAGAACCCAGGCAUCCGUGGUGAUGAGUCGCCAGUUCUGUAAGAAAAGGGAUAGGCCACCUGCUACAAAAUUUGAUACAGAUUGGUAUGUAAGUGGACUCACCAUUAGAGAAACGGCUGCGUCCUCGACCUCUGAAGCCUCUGGUUCUUCCCGUACCUCUGUACGAUGGUCUCUGUGUUGUGGACGGGAAAAAGCUUGGAGCUUGUGGGUAGGAUCUGGAACCUGUCGUCCAGAAGCGGCUGGUGGCUCGGUUCCGUUGCCGACCAGCCCUCCCAAAAACACCUCUUCCUGCGGGGGUGUGGAAGACCUGCUUGAGCGAGGUUUGAGCCUUGUUCAAGGUGGUGAAGAGGUUGACGUGCUUCUUAAGCUCCGUGAUGAAAUCGUCGCCAAAUAAAAGGCCUUGCGCCUUCGGGCCGAAUUCCUUUGCCCCUAGAUCCAGGAGCUUGUUGUCUAUGCGUAUUAGCGCUGACUUGCGUCUUUCGGUGCACAAUGCCGCGUUUGCGUUGCCCAGUAGGCAAAUUGAACGCUGAGCCCAUUCCCGUAUUAUAUUUUGGUCCAGCUGUGAGCCUUGGCUGAGCGCUAAGUCUGCAAAAUACAGCAUCUUGGUGAUGGGGCCUAGUAAAUCUAGCACUUUGUCCUGUGCCGCCUUUAAGCCUUUUUCCACGCCUUUUCGGGGGUCCCGUCCCGAACGUGACAUGAAGACCACCACCGUGUUGUCAAAUUCGGGCGUGAGUGCUAUCUUGUCGGGUAGCAGUGGUCUGGGGCACUCGGCUUUGAGGCGUGCUCGCACCUCUUUCUCCAGAGGCUUACGUAGCCAGUAGUGUACAAACUUCGUUAGGUGGUCUGGGAGGCUCCACUCCGAGGAGCGAGGGUGUCGGAUACUUCGGGGGUCGAAGAGGGGGUUUUUUCCCUUUCCUGUUUGGGUGACAGAGGUGAAAUGUCAGGAUAUAUGCUAGAUAUGGGUAUCUGGAGUGCCCAGCUCCUUGUACAACUGGGGUUCAUCCAGGGUAGUUGCCCGUUCUAAAGUGGGGCAGAACGUAAGGCUCUGAGAUUCGGUAAGGCCACCCUAUAGGCAGGGUGGUCCGGUGUGUGUCAGUGGUGGUGGUGCGUAUGGACUCACCACAGUUGUACAUCAGAGCCGUAUGCACGGAUUGUCAUCAAUAAUAAUAAAUAUCAAUGUAAUAGCGUAGUCCCACGUGCAUGUAGUUGGGGUUCACCCCAGGUGGUGUGCCAUGGAUACCAGAGGACACCCACUUAAUAGUAAAUGGUCUGCGUGACCUAGCAUGCUUGUCUGGGGGGUCACCCCAGGUGGUGUGCCAUGUAAAAAUACCCAGAGGACACCCACGUUUGUGUGUACCUAUAGGUACAGUAAUGCAGUAUGACCCUGUGUAGGGUAUAUCAAUGUGCUCAGUCUCCUUAAUAUACUGUAUAUGUUUUACAUUUGCUGUGUAUUGGGACUUGCCCAAUUGUAAUGCAUGCUUUUUGUUUGUCCUCCCAAACCUCUGGGUCUCUGAGGGUGAAAAUCUAUAAUAGUAACCCUAAUGGGCCCAGGGUCCUUUAAUAUUCCGUGUGUGCAAGCCAGUGUCGGCACCUGGGAGAGGAGGACAAGGUUAGGGGGUGAGCAGGAGUGCUGAUCGGGUGAAUCCCGAUCCGCAGUGAGCGUACAGAGCGGCCGUCUUGUAUCUCGCGAGCCGCGAGAUCCAAGAUGGCCGCCGCUCGCGAUCGAAGCAGCGCGACGGAGCUCGCGUUCGCGGGUCCGGAGCGCGGGGUGUAGGAGGUAAGGGGCCCGGCCUCCCUCCACCCGUCCCCACACCCUCCCUGAGAGUCUAUGAGGUGGGUCCGUGGAGCGCACGCGGCACGGCAGCCGGGCGCCCGCGGACUGCACAGGAGAUCAGUGAAAACAAAAGGCUCGGUAUUGAAAGGAGAGUUAAGAGGGAGGGGGACAGGUAUAGGAGGUCCAGGGAAAAACAAUGUAGGUAAAAUAAGGUCAAAUAAAGGAAAAAACAGUACAAAAUUAUUAAGUAUCCCUAGAGGGAAAAAAUACUCUGACCUGUGUAGGCUGGAGCAGCAAAGAAAGAGGAAGUGAUGUCAUAGACAGGGCCUUUUAUGGGCAUCAUAUCUUUUUCUGAUUGGUUGUUACUGUUUCUAUGCUGCUGGAGUUUUCAGUAAAGAAAGAUAUGCAAAUAUGAAGCCUCCUGUCAUGUGGUAAAAUUAGAGCAUGCACCAAUAGCCCUAAUUUAAAGAAACUUCCUUUUUUCAAGCCAGUUUUUUGAAUGGGGAGUCACUGAUUGGCUGAUAGCGUCAUCUGACCGCUAUCAGCAAAUCAACGGCUUCCCUUCCCGGCGCACUCAGAAACUGAGAUUUAAGAAGCCAGAUUGGCACUAGAGACAACUUUGGAAUUAAACCAUUUGCGAACGAUUUAACCCCUGAAGGUAAGAGUGCCACAGGGGCCUCCUGGCACCAUAACAACUUAAUUUAGAUGAAGAUGUUAUGGAGCCUACUUGGCCUAAACGGUCCCUUUAAUAAGCAUCAUGCUUAAAGCCAUGCUUUGAGGAGGGAUUUUUGUUCUUGUUUUGUUGUAUAUUCUGUCAAACUGUCCUGACCUUAUUUGCGGGUGUCACUAUUGAUUGUGAUACUUUAUUUUAAAAAGUUGUCUCAUCCCCUUUAAAUGCUAUAAGGAACUAUUACAUGCUUAUCUCCUUGCAUAGAUCAGGUCAGUUUGACAAGAUUUCAUGUGACACUAAACAUUUUACAUCAUGCCCCAUUGUUUGGUAAAUAGCUUCUUUCAGAUCAGCAUGCAGUUUAUAGAAGGAAUGAUCCUGCUGCUCUGUGGAUUUCAUGACAUUUAGAAGCCAGGUUUUUAAAUGUUCCUUUAAUUUAAUUAAAAAUGUCUUUUGGGAGCACAUAGAUGAUACAGGCCCGUGCGGUAGAUUAGAUGAACAGAAGCUUUGGUGAUUAACCCUUAAAGAAAUUGUAAGGUUGAAUAUUAUUUUUAAGGGAAAAUGUAAGCAAAUUUAGAUUAAAUUAAUUGGAUUUGGAUUUAUUAAACUUUAUUUCAUAAAUAGCAUGUAUUAUUUCAAUUAUAUACUGUAUAGAGUUCUCAGCUCCACCUCUUAUUAAUAACAUCAAAACCAAAGUCUGUCUUCCUGCCAUUGGCAAGGAUAGAAUACCAUAUGAGUUACAUGCUGGUUCCAUUCAGCCUUAGAAUUUGAUUAAAGGGAAACUAUAGUGCCAGGAAAACAAGCUUGUUCCCCCCACUUCAGUAAGCUGAAGGGUCUGGGUGCCUACACUGUCACUUUAAGAGCCUAUGCACUGAGGCCCAGUUCUCCUGAAUGAUCUGAACCAUUUAGUGAACCAUGCUACCAGAACAAGGCUAGCAUGUAAACAUUUCACAUCUAUUCUGAAACAAAAUUAUUUUGAAACAUAGACCUGAUCUUUACAGUGGAAAUUUAAAGCAGCAGUGUCAAUGUCUGGGGACUUUGACAAAUUUGCAAAGACCCCAAAGGCGACAACGUCGCUGGGGUCUGGUGGCGCAGGUAAAGGUGAGAUUUAUUUACCUGUACCAGUCCCUCGUGGGUGCAGCUAUCUUGUUCUGACUGGUCCUCUUCAGGUUCAGCAUGCACAAGAGUACAGCUUUAAGGUCCACGGAGGAUCCCGCAAGACCACGGGAUCCUCUAUAGACAGAGCCAAUUCUCUAUCAGGAUUGACACUGUAGCUCCGCUUAAGGUCUAAGGAAGUCAGGCGGAGGAAAUAUACAGAGGCAAAGUUUGUCUCUGUAUAUCUCUUGAGUUUGUUGGAAUUUCAACACUGUCAAAAAUAUUAUUUCAUUCAAUCCUCAUUAAAUACAAAUACUUGCUGUACCUAAAAAACCCAUUGAUAUUUGUGCUUUUACAUGAUUACACUCACUGCUGAAAUUGCACGUAUAAGUAAAACAAUCAAGCAUAAAUCAUAUAUCUGUUGUUUCUUUUCAGGGCCUCAAGAAAAAUUGGGAAGAGUUGAACCACGAUUAUCAAGGUCUUUCUGUUGUUAUUGAUACACCUGCUAAAAAAGCCUACAAAGAACGGCUUGAAAAAGAAUUGACAAAAUUAGAACGAGACAUUCAAGCAAUGGAGAAACACAAGGUUAUCUACAUUGCAAACAAUUAACAACCGUUCAGGUUGGCCAUCACUCUGCAACCAGUCAACAUUGCUUCGCUAAUAAAUUAUUGACAUUUAUACUGACCAUAGUUGCAUCCUUUUUACUAUUUGUGAACAUGAUUUUUUUUUUUUACUAUGCAUGUGAUUAUUAUAAAAUGCAUGGAUUCCUUUUUAUUCCUAAUUUUAGAUGAUUUUUCCUAUUUACAUGACAUGUAUUUACAUAGUGGCAAAUAGAAGUUUUCAAACCAGCUCUGAAUAAUUUACUAACUUGCAGCAAAAAGGAAAAUAUAAAAUAGUAAAUAAAACAUUACAUUGAUGACAAUUUUGUUUGUAAAUAGUCAUAUCAAAUGCAUGCCUUUUAACAGUCACGCUUUCGGUGUGUACAGGUUUGGGGGUCCUGUCCCACUUUAGUUCCCCUUAUGUCUCGUAUCCAGAUACACCAUAGAACUGUCCCGGGCAGAAAAGUGCUUGCGCAUUAUUAGACAUGCUCGCACUGUGAAGCGGGCAGUAGGACCAUACGAAGAGCACUUCAGCUGCGCUACCUGCAUAGUCCUGUCAGUAAGGAGCUGGCCAGACAGACUGCCAUACCCCUUUAGUGGGUGGACCCACCCCUUUCUCAGGUGGACACGCCCAUUACUCGUGCUCUUUGCUCAUGUAUGCAGGAGUCUUGUACUUGAUACGUUGAACCCUCUCUCUGAGGGUAGUACUAACUGUGUUUGUUCACUGCUACUGUAUGCUCUAAAACUCAAUAAAAUAUAUUAAUGGGAAAAAAUAAAAAAAUAUAUAAUACAUACACUUUGGCAUUGAUUUAAUAUUGUUGGAUGCGCUUUCCAAAUGAUUUAAUAUUUUUC